CCACCUGUUGAAACCUAAAGCAGCAUAUGCCAUAUUGCUACCAUAAUUAGUGGUUGUAGUCUUUUCUGCCUCCAUUUUCUAAUCCAGGUUGCGAUUGCAAUCAAGCCAACUGUUCUAGCUUUUAGGGGAUUUCUUGCUUUUUUCAUGAUACUAACAUUUCAUGCCUAUGCCGGUUCAAUUCAUUGAACAUCGUUAAAUACUAAUGAUAAUUCCCGCCAUAUACCUUAGGCUUUAAAUAAAUUAAGACCUCAGGUGCUUCCAUACCAUCAUAUAUCAUUCUUUGAUCACCUUCCACUUGCACAAUGUGCUCCAUCUUUACUCACCUUGUGGCUUGAAUAUAAUUUUCAUGAUAUCCCCCUCCACUUAGCCUCAGUGUGUACAGUAUGUCUUUUUCUUUUCUAUGGUUCAUAUUUACAGGGUGAUAAAAGAAAAGGAGUGAAAGCUCUGCUGAAAUUGGAUACGCGUUAAGCCCCCACAAUUUUUUUCCGUUCUUCUUGUCAACUUUUUGACUUUGGAAUUGUGGUUGUCCCCCUCCACCAACAUCAUAACUGUCUAUAAAAGUCUAAGAUAUAAAUGUGUAUAUUGUGUGGUAGCUUUAUAAAUAUACAUUUGUCUACAAGAAAGACUGCUAUAGCAAGUCAGCAAUGGAAAGCACUCUCUUUCGCCUACUUCUUGUUUUAUUGGGAUUAUCUCACAUUAUAUGCUUGAAUGCUGUCCCAGUUACAAGAAUCGGAAGCCUAAUGCGUGGACCUCAAGUUCAUCCAGUUCCAGAGAAUACUCACCUGAUAACUGCAGAGAAAAGUUCAGAGGCUCAAAUCAUUAAGGGGAGGGUGUUUGUGGAGCUGAACGAUUAUCCAGGGUCAGGAGCUAAUAACCGCCACACUCCAAGUCCAAGGCCACAAUUUAGCAGAUGUGCCGAUUGUUAGUUUCUUUAAAUAGCAGGUGUAUGGUUCUUCAAAGCAUAGUAAAAGCUGGAAUCAUGAUUUUGAUCUAUAGCCUCUCAAUUUGUUUAGCUUCUUAAAUUUGUUUUUCUUGUCUCUUUUUUCUGUGAGUGGAAUUGAUAAAUUAAGUGAGAUUUGUGAAGUUAAUUUGUAUUGAGAGAGAAAUUCUGAGUAGCUGUAAUGGUACUGAAGAGAAAGAGAAGGAGAGCGAGGACUGAGAACUAAUUGUAGCAGAUUCUAGUAAUAUGAAUGUUAGAUAUUUUAAGUCAAUUGUUAAUCUCCUUAUCUAGUUUUAUGAGAUGGAUUAUCAACUGCAAGUCGCCAAUAAGUCUGACUGCACAAGACGACGAUUGUUUCAUUUUGGUGCUUCAAAAUCUGUCUCAUAUAUCUCUGUAGUCCAUCCACCGGCUGCACCUUUAUUGUAUGUUCCUGCAUAAGAAGUGGAAGCUGUUGUGGUUUCAAAAAAAAGAAAUCCAAGAUGGAUGGCUUUGAUUGUUCAAUGGUUGUCUUUCCAUUUAGGAACUGUUCAAUUCUCCAGAAGAAGGGGAAGCCUUUUCCUUUGUGUUGCUUGGAGAACAACUGAGUUCUGGCAGCUUGCAUUAGACUUCAGCAGUCCACAUUCUCAGUGCCAGAUUUCCUGAUUUUGAUGUAUGUUUGAGUUCCUGCUUGUCUCUUGUAGUGAGAAAUUUAAACUUGACUUGCUCCCUUUCAGCUUCAGCAUCUCUUAGUUUUCAUGCUCUGAUAAGUAAAUAUGUUCUCACAGCAUAUUGAUCACAUUUCAAACGCAGAGCUUAACUCGGUUCAUGCAGGUUAUAGCCACCCUGAGAGCUGGCAUUCAACAAGUUUAGGGUUCAAAUCUUAGCACCUGCAACCACUUACCUUAUUCCCAGUGGCCUCAAAAAAAUUGAUCACAUUUCAAAAUCAGUAGGAAAAUUUGCAGUACAGGAGAGAUGUAUCUUAGUUGGAUGAUGGAACCAAGGAUAACUCAACAUCCUCUGUCUUGCAGUAUUUACUCUAAAGUGAAAAAGGCACAUAAUGCAUACG